AUGAUCCAUGUAUUCCAUGUUGAGGCCCGCAGUGCUACUCGGAGCAUCGACAUGCGACUUGCGACAUGCACCAAAAAACUGGGCCAAUGGGUGAAAUCACGGAGCCUUAUUGGUGCACUCUUGAGGGACAAAAGUUAUCCAUUUGCAAAAGACCAAAACUCACUGCUCUGGAGUCCUGUGUCUUCCCAUCCUGGCGGAACUUCAUGGAGAGUCGACAAUGGGUUCAUGUGUUCAUGUUGGCAUUGUGGGGUUCAAAUGUUGUUACUCUGUCAGUACAGAUGA